GCUACGUUCUGGUCACGUGCCAUCCGCUUUUCCUCGGAGGGUUUGUUGUAGCCGCAGUCAGCACGGGCUGCCCAGCGCUGUACCGAAAACGGCGAACUAACGGAUUCGCUUGCGUUUUUACUAUCACAACAAAUAUUUUAUUUUUAACAGCGUGCACCCUCCGAUAGGCGAGCGUGUCCUUACGCUUGUUUGUACGUUACACCCAGUUUGGAGCCUGCCUAAUUUGUCAUAAGUACUAAUCAUGUCGGCUGUUCAGCGAAUGAAAGUAGCCAACGAGAAGCACAGCAAGACAAUCACACAACGCGGCCACGUCCAAAAGACUACGCGAGUGGUGAACGAGGACAAAUCCCCGGUGGGCCCAUGGCUUCUGGCGCUUUUCGUCUUCGUGGUGUGUGGGUCAGCCAUCUUCCAAAUCAUCCAGAGCAUCAGACAGGGCAUGUGAUUGCCACAGACUGCCAGAGGUGACCCUCAUCCACCUCCUCCACUCCUCCUCCUCCUUACCACUGCUAUUAUGAUGCCUGGACAACCAGUGUGGGAUGACAUUCCCCUCACCACCGCCACCUGCCCUAUCCUCUUCCAUAAACCCAACAGUCACACAGGGCAUUCUUUCAGCCCUAGGCGCUCUGCCUCUUCAUAUCUAUAAAGAGCCCAAGUCACAGUCUUUCAUUGGACCCCAGAUAUGGGAGGAGUGGGAGUCUUUGCAUUGACUUCUAUGUGGUGGUGUUGUUUUAUUUUCUCUGUUUCUAUUAUAUUGCAUUGGGUUACAUUGAGAGGUGUGACUGGGGCUCUCUCUGCCCAUCCCUCCCACGUCAUCUCCGUCUUCGGAAGCCUCCAGCUCUCAGUACUGUGACUAAACUGACAGUUUUCCAUUUCUUUCUCUCUCUCUCUCUCUCACACUUCUUCUCUCCCACUCUUGCUCUUUUUCCCUUUCCAGCUGUCUUACCCUCCUAGUUCUGCUCCUGUAGUUUGAAGGAAAAAACAAAUACUUAAAAAAAACAAAAACAUAAAAAAACAAGCAAACAAAAAAAACAGACAGCAACCAACCAUUACUCCCCCACCUACACGUCAUUUUGGCUAGUUGUAUUGAAUAAUGCCAAUUUCCCUUUUUUUAAAUGUGUAAAUUAAUAAUUACUGUGUUUUUUUCCUUUUCUUUGAAGAGCUUGUCUUCUGUUUUUAUUGUUUAUUUUUGAAUAAUCUACCCUGUGAUUGAUUCACCGUGAUUUGUGUCUGAUUUGAUUGGUGGAUAAGGUGGUAAGGGCUUUCUUUUGCAAAGACUACAGUUAUUGGGGGGUGGGUGGGGGUGGGGGGGUUGUAAGGUGGUUAGGCAACAAAUGUGGGUUAGUACGGAUUUGUGGGACAUGGGACAUGAGAAAGUAAAAAAAAGAAAAAAUACAAAUGUUUCUUGAGUGUGUGAGGUUUUAUUUCAGUGCUUUAGGUGGGCCUUUUGGGGGCUCUGUAAGUUGUCCCGGAGCUUGUCGUAAAUCUGCUAGUAGAAGAGCCCAGGACUCCCAUUUUCGUACCUUAACAAAUGCCAAGGGGUUCCUCUUUGCCCAGCUUUUACGACUGCCUCUGAGCACCUCUGGUCUUGUGAACCACCUUGUGCUAUACGCUCCAGGGGCGAACGUCAAACUACUUCCUCCUGUCCUUUCCUGGUGCUUGUGGCCUCUUUCCUCGUGUUGCCCGGCCUCUGAAGGAAACAAUAGAUUACCUGCUGUCAACAUGGGCAGCGCAACUGUAAGGGGGCUUUCUCCUAUUAAGCAUCCCGAUUGCAAAUGACAUACUCGCCUUUAAAUUAUGCUUUUACGAGAAUAUUGAAUCAUAAUUUGAUAUCGCAAGGCCACAAGCAACAGGAAAGAGGAACUACAAGAGGAACUAGUUUGACCUGUAACCCAAACCAGAUGUCUGUAUCCGUUCAUGUCCAUCGUGUGUGUGUGUGUGUGUGUGUGUGUGUGUGUGUGUGUGUGUGUGUGUGUGUGUGUGUGUGUGUGUGUGUGUGUGUGUUCGCGUGUGUGUGUGUUCGCGCGCGUGCCCACUCUGCCCACUACUGUCUGUAGGGCACAUACAGUACAUACGUGAUCCCCACAUGUUUAAUGCCCGCCUGCCUGCCUCUUCAGCUUGUCUUGUCUGCCACAGGGCAAGCUAUCCGAUCACUCUCCCGUUUCCUGUGUUGUGCAAUACUGCUGUUCAUCUCUCCAGCUGUGAAUAUAGAAUUACAUAUUAAUAUGGCGGUUCAUAUAACAAAUGUUCUUGGAACAAGCACUCCGCUUUUGUUUUUAAGUUCACAGUGUUUGGCAUUUUUCUUGGGCAGGCAGGUGUGUUGUGCUGCAAAUUUGAUGGCACAUCAGCGAAGCGACUUCAUUAUUUUUAAGUUAUUAUUAUUCAUCUUUUUGCUUUUUUGAUAAAAUCUAAUCUUCGGGGAUUUGAUGAGUGAAUGGCAGUCCCUUGAACACAAUGUGAAUCAACCAUCACCCCCACACUUUUUUUUGGUCUAUGGAGCACCCACCACUGUACUGUAUUGUACUUUACUCUACAGUAUAGAGAACUCCGGCGAGGAUAGUGUAUCCAAAUUAUACUACUGGGAUUUGUGGGCAGUGUAUGUGUGUGUAUUUGUUUGUGUGCGUGCGCGUGUGCGUGCGUCACGUUCUUUGCAUGGACUAUGUGCUCUUUGUGUCAAUUCUGGAAAAAAAGAAGAAACUGAUUAUCUCAAAUGGGUGUUGUACACGCUCAGUUUUAAUCUCAGUGAGUUUGACAUCUCCAUUUGAGUGUAGAUAGAGGGCCUGUUCGACCACGGCUUGUUUGAUGUCUGGCUGGGUGGAUCUGACAGGUUGAUGGAGGGCUUACACAGUGGACUAGAGUAACGCGAGCUAACAUGCGUUGUUGAUGCGUGUUACUGUGUUCUCCACAGUGCUCCUCUGUCAUGACUCGGUAAAUAUUGAUGAAAAUAUCAGAUUUGCUAAUGAGCUGUAUACAUUUUGAACUAAGAUUACGUACUUGACCUUUAAGACAGUCAGACAUCUAGCUAGCCCGAUUGAAGGGUUUUUAGGUAUUUUCUUUUUUUCUUUUUGGUUCUUUAAAAAGGACUGUGUUCGCAUUCCACCCUGGAUAGCCAUAUUGACACCAUAUCUCAUUUUUUUUUCUGUCUCUGUUUCUCAUGCUAUGCAACGCUCAGUUUUGUUCGCUUUGGGCCAUUUCUUUGUCUUUCUCUUCUUUCAUUUUUUUAUAUAUAAAUAAACUGAUAUUUUCUCUAACAGUA